CAGAAGGCGCGAGGGAGAGAGAGGGGGAGGAGGGGGAGCCAGGCUUUCUUCAGAUCAGCAUGAGCAAACAAACAGUGCCUCGCAGAAGGUCACACACAGCUGGCAGAGAGGCUGGCCUGUACGGGAAGCAGACCUCGGGAAAGCUUGCCGUUGGAGUUUGGUGAACGCGCGAACCCCUUUUCUGCGUUGGGAGCGCGACUUCUGCCGGGAGGAAGCUCCGGUGUUUGGCCAAUUCGUACUUCGGGGAGACUUGUUUUGCUUUUUUGCGGGGGUGGGACGGCGUCUUGUUUUGUCUGGCCACCGCGCGUGCUGCUAGCCCUGCUUGAGAGAAGGAACAGACCUGGACCGCUCAGCCUGGAGUUCACGUCCAAUUGAAGUGAAGUGAAAGGAGAGCGCGCGAAGGGAGGACUGAGACAUGAGGGGAAAACCAACGGCGGUCCCGAAAGCAGAGCUCCACCUGCUUGUGGUUAAACCAUAGCCGAGAAGCCGGCCCCUGUGGGUGAAUUGGAGGAAUAUUACUUCAGAUAUUUUCCUCCACAGUUGGCAGUGACUCACGCAGCGGCCACAGAGUGUUGGGUGACUUCUAAAAUUGCUGCGAACAUUAACCACAGAAAGAACCCACAAGCCAACCAGCGACUCCAACCAAAAGGGUUUCUUUCUCUCUCUCUCUCUCUCUCUCUCUUCCUCCCCUCCGGGCGCGUUUCAGAUUGUUGGCACACUGACAUCUCAGGACUUGUACAAGUCUCUUUUGAAUUGAGACAGCCUAAGUAAUUUAGUCAAAGCGUUGCGAAACCGGGACAGGAAGACUUCAGAGCAACGCGAGGCAAACUACUCACACGGGGGUUCAAGGCUGCUUUGGCUGGUGGGGAAAGGACGUUGCUGGAGAACAUUAAUGGCGUUCUGUUGUGUUUAAAUUCUCCAUAGAGUCAGCUGUAAAUAUUUGAUGAAGUACACUAUAUAAUGCUGUGAUAGCCGGUUGACCUUUGAAAACCUCAGCUCGCGUCCUCUGCAGCCUGUUUCCCCAGUUUCUUUUAAACCGCUUUUCUCCCCCAUCCACGUGUGCGACAAGAGACUUGAUGCGUUGAUCGGAAUUCUUAGACAGCCUUUAGGAGCAGCGGGAGGGGAAGACUAUGAACUUCGAAAAAUAAUAGGAAAUUAACUACUGAAAAGUCUAGGUCCUUCCCUCCUUUUGUGUGUGUGUGUGUGUGUGUGUGUGUGUGUGCGUGCGUGGUGGGGGUUGUUUCAGACAUUUCCUCCGCUCAAAACGUUUCUCAGUGUGUGGGAUUUCAGAAGAACCUUUGAUUUUAAUAACACUGGUAAUUCCCCGAGGGGGUGGAAAGCAGAGAAACUUGUCCAAAUCUAUAAGGCCGUUUUUCAUUUUUAAAGAGCACACAUAGACUUCCAGAGAAGAGCAACCUAAAACUGGAUGCUUGGGUUAAUUCUGGCAGGACCAGGAGCCCGGGCGUUCCCCUGCUCUGUCCAACUAGUCCAAAUUCGCUCCUGGAGUGGCUUCGCUUCGUUUGCCCCUUCUGCACCGGGACCCUAAGCCUCUUUCUUUUUAUGUUGGUCUCCCGAGAACCGCCGGCUGAAGAGUUGCGCUCGUAUCGCUUUAUCCGAAACUCUCUGAGGACCUUUUUCACUCAAAAGGCUUGUUGUGAUGCGUAUCCCCGUAGAUACCAGCACCAGCCGCCGCUUCACGCCGCCCUCCACCACUCUGAGCCCGGGCAAGAUGAGCGACGCGCUGCCGCUGGUCGGCCAAGAGAACGGCAACAGCGCCCUGGUGGGGAAACUGAGAAACGCAGAUCGCAGCAUGGUGGAUGUCUUAGCCGAUCAUCCGGGAGAACUGGUCCGCACCGACAGCCCCAACUUCCUCUGCUCUGUCCUGCCGACCCAUUGGAGGUGCAACAAGACUCUGCCGAUCGCUUUCAAGGUGGUCGCAUUAGGAGAUGUCCCUGAUGGGACUUUGGUUACAGUUAUGGCUGGAAAUGAUGAAAACUACUCUGCAGAACUCAGAAAUGCUACUGCUGCCAUGAAGAAUCAAGUAGCAAGAUUCAACGAUUUAAGAUUUGUCGGAAGAAGUGGAAGAGGGAAGAGCUUCACAUUGACUAUCACAGUCUUCACAAAUCCUCCACAAGUAGCCACGUACCACAGAGCUAUCAAGAUAACAGUGGAUGGACCUCGAGAACCAAGAAGACAUCGUCAGAAACUAGAUGAGCAGACAAAGACUGGAAGUUUGUCCUUUUCAGAGCGCCUGAGUGAACUGGAACAGUUGCGUCGCACAGCUAUAAGGGUUAGCCCACAUCAUCCAGCCCCGGCACCUAACCCAAGAGCUUCCUUGAACCACACAGCUGCUUUUAAUCCUCAGCCUCAGAGUCAGAUUCAGGGUGCUUCUGACCUAACGGCGUUCAGUGAUCCAAGAGUAGGAAUUGAUCGUCCAUUUUCUGCCAUUCCUUCCAUUUCUGAUCCUCGUAUGCACUAUCCUGGAGCCUUCACCUAUACUCCAACCCCAGUCAGCUCAGGAAUAGGAAUUGGCAUGUCUGCCAUGACCACCGCCACCAGAUAUCACACAUACCUACCACCUCCCUAUCCAGGUUCUUCUCAGGCUCAAGGUAGCCCAUUUCAGACCAGCUCUCCUUCAUAUCAUCUCUACUAUGGAACAUCAGCAGGAUCUUACCAAUUCUCCAUGAUGUCUGGUGGUGAUCGGUCUCCCCCACGUAUUCUGCCUCCUUGCACUAAUGCUUCCACCGGAUCUACUUUACUCAAUCCCAACCUUCCAAACCAAAAUGAUGUUGUGGACACUGAAGGCAGUCACAGCAACUCCCCCACCAACAUGGGGACCACGGCAAGAUUAGAAGAAGCAGUGUGGCGACCAUAUUGAAUUAUUAUUACAAGUGUCUAUUCUGGUAAUAUCCAUGCUUUUAUAUGUCAGAUGAGAGCACUGCCAUGUUUAUCUUUCACACAGAAUAACAAUCAGUUCUGAAGUCAGUAUUUCUGGAAAUAUUGCUAUGAUGUUCUCUGAUUUUGCUCAGUGAAGUGAUUACAUUCCCAUAGACUUUUUCCAAGUCUGAACUUCAGAAAAUAAUAACAUUUUAAGAUGGUAGUUCUGUUCACUCAUGUUGGCUAUAAAUCUGGAGAAGGAUAGAUACUCAGUCCAGAGUUUCAGACUUUGAAAUUUGAAGUAUUUUGUUUGACAUCUGGUGCUGAGGCAUUCAGUCUUACACAAUCUUAAAUAAUUUAAUCAAUCAUUUUGAUUUGUAAGUUAAAAGGAAGUAUACAACGAUUCUCAGAGAGAAACUGUGAAUGCUUCUAAUUUAGCAAUGCUGUGAAUAAGAGUUUUUAUAUCCUGGAAAUAAUUUUUUAAUCAAGUUGUAUAUCCCAAAGAAUACAGGAAUUGUUUUUAUUUUUAUUAUGUUUUUCAGCUGCAACUCAUCCUUCUUUGUGUAUCAUCUUCCUUUAUUGGCACCUUAAAAUCUGCAGAAAGAUUUAAUCCUUUUUUUUAUAAUGUGCUCACUUUUCUUGUACUUUGUCAGCUAAGUACAUCUAUAAAAGCCUCUUUUCUAGAAAAGUAAUUUAAUUUUUUUAAUAUAAAGGAGUGACAACCUACAGUCCUUCUCAACUACUGAAAAAGUACAUGAUGAGAUGUUCAAUAUUUAUGCUCUGCAUUGAACUUUUGUGUGUGAUACUUUUAUUUAAAUAAUGCUUCAAAAAUAAGCACAUACAUUUUGUAGCAACCAAAGUUUAAAAUUAUUACAUAUAAAAUGGCUGGAAUAAUUAUGGAUAAUGUGAUUUUUAAUUAUUUAGAAAUAUUGUUUACAUUUAACUCCAUUUCAUUCUCAUCAAUAAUUUAAACAAAGUCACUUUUGUCCAAUUGAGAAGCCAGGUUUCUUUGAAAAUGUUAUGAUGAUAUAAUGUCUUUUAAUAAGAAGUUUAGGUUGUAUUUGCCGCAUUUGGAUGAUGACUUGGGCACUGGAAGCAAAGCUUUGUCUCAGAGUAUAUAUUUCAGAAUUUCUAGUACAGUAUGAUAUUUAUAUUCCAUCAACUUUCUUAAAGACAACAUAAAUGAAAAAAAAAACCAACACACUAAAUAUUAGCAGUCUAAAUGACUAUUAAGUUCCACGUGAUGGUCAGAAUACAGUACAUCCCAGCUUUUUCCCUUGCCCUAGAAGGAGAUUCAAAAAUUCAUUUAAGGCUGUAUCCUAAUCACAGUUUUGAAGACCCAAAUUCAUUGCAGUCCCUCCCCCCAUAUGACACACAAUCCAAAGGAUUUCUAGCAAUCUUACAUAAUUGAAGUUCAAACAAAUAAUAACAAAUGUGGGAUUCUUCAUUCCAGGCCUAUAUACACUCAUUCACCUUCAGCUCCUCUGCACCCUUAUAGAAGAGAGGGCUGGGCAACGUGGGUCCUACUGAAUCUGGUUUUGGUCACCUGAGAGG